AGGUUUACAACUCCAUUAUUAUACCUAAUCCAAUUCUAUAUGUUAUUUUAUUUUUCCUUUCAGAUGAUGAGCCUGUGAAAGCUCCAACUUCUUCAUCUACACAGGAUGGUCUCGCAGGCCAGGUCUAUGGACUUCUUCAAAGCAUACAAAACAGCCUCAAAUGGAAAGAAAGAGAUGCAGAGGAUGCAACAGAUUCCAGCCGACCGCAUCAUCGAGGGAAACGUUUCAUCUCUUAUGAGAGAUACCUGGAGAUGAUGGUGGUUGCCGAUCAUAAGAUGGUGGAACAUCAUGGAAGAGGAGUUCAACUCUAUGUCUUGACAUUGGUUGCAGUGGUCAGCAGGAUAUUUCGUGAUCCCAGUAUAGGCAAUGCCAUCAAUGUUACAUUAGUGGAGCUCAGAAUACUACAAAGUGUGAAUGAUGGACCACACAUUUCCUCCAAUGCUCCUGCGACCCUCAAGAACUUCUGCACCUGGCAACAGCAGCAGAACCAGGCAGAGGACAGUCAUCCCCAUCACUACGACACUGCCAUCCUCCUCACCAGGGAAGAUAUAUGUCGCUCAGGGCCUGAUUGUGACACGUUAGGUCUUGCUGAGCUUGGGACUGUGUGUGACCCUCUUAGGAGCUGCUCAAUUGUAGAAGACAAUGGUUUAAGUGCUGCUUUCACUAUGGCUCAUGAACUUGGGCAUGUAUUCAAUAUGCUUCAUGACAGUAACUACAAAUGUCAGAAUGACAUUGUUGCAGGUAAAUAUGCUGUAAUGGCUCCAACACUAAACUACGACUCUAGCCCAUGGAAAUGGUCCAAGUGCAGCAGAAACCAACUUACAGAAUUCUUAGAUCUUGGCUAUGGUGAAUGCUUAUUGGACAAACCAACAGGAGCCCGCCCACUGCCUGUUAGAUUACCUGGAGAGGUGUUCAAUAUUACCCGGCAAUGUGAACUGGUCUUUGGCUCAGGAUCAACUCUGUGCACCUAUAUGAGAACAUGUAAGAGGUUAUGGUGUACUGGAUACUCAAGAGGUGUUCAGACUGGGUGCCGAACACAGCACAUGCCAUGGGCAGAUGGUACACCUUGUGGCAGCCAUCAUUGGUGCACCCAUGGUGAGUGUCGAGAGAGGGAUCAAUACACAGAGAUAGUGGAUGGCCAGUGGGGCAAGUGGGGCGAGUAUAGCGAGUGCUCCAGGACUUGUGGAGGCGGGGUCAAAGAGGCCAUGAGGAAUUGUGAUAACCCUGCCCCAGCUAAUGGAGGGAAAUACUGCAUUGGACGAAGGCUACGGUUCAGGUCUUGUAACACACAGGAUUGUCCAGAAGGUUCCCAAGAUUUCCGAGAGAAGCAAUGUUCAGAGUUCAAUGGUCGUAAUCCUCCUAUCAGUGGUGUUCCUCCCAAUGUCAGAUGGGUACCUAAAUAUGAAGGAGUUCAACUCCAUGACAGGUGUAAACUUUAUUGUCGAGUGAGCCAAUCCAGUGCAUACUAUGAACUAAAGAAAAAGGUUAUAGAUGGGACUAAAUGUGAUCCUGAUACAGAUGAUAUAUGUGUGCAAGGACAAUGUAGGCAAGCAGGAUGUGAUCAUAUACUGAGCUCCAACACCAAGCGAGAUGAAUGCGGAGUGUGUGGAGGAGAUAACUCAGCAUGUAGGAGGGAAAGAAGAACUUAUAAUCAUGUUAGACAUGGAUAUACAAAAAUAAUUACUAUACCAUCAGGAUCAACGAAAAUUGAAAUUAAACAGUAUUCUUUUAAUGGAAGAGCUGAGGAUGAUAAUUAUCUUGCUUUAUCUAAUGACCAGGAUGAGUUCAUUCUCAAUGGUAAUUUUAUUGUCAGCAUGUAUGCCAGAGAAAUCCAUAUAAACAAGACUGUACUACAAUAUAGUGGUUCAAACAGCGCGGUAGAAACCAUCAUUAGCGACGAUAAACUACAGAGAGCCAUUAAUUUAUAUAUUUUAUCUGUUGGUGAUCUUCAUCCACCUAACGUGUCAUACUCCUUCAAUGUACCACGUGUCAACUUCCCUAUCUAUGUAUGGGAUCGAUCAGGACCAUGGACAGAAUGUGAUCGAGAUUGCUAUGGUAUGAAGCGUAGAGCCAUACGCUGCAUGGAUGCCAAUGAUAACAGAUUAGUAGAUGACUCUAUGUGUGACGGACCUAGGCCAACUAACCCUAUCGAGGAAGAAUGCAAUACAAGAUGUAUAGUUAGAUGGCAUGUGAUGAGAGAAUCUGAAUGCGAUGAACAAUGUAAGAAAACUAGACUGAUCAAAUGCCUCAAAAGGAAGAGAAAAGGAGAGGAAUAUUCACAGGUAUCUGAUGAAUACUGUAAUGCUGAAGAGCGCCCUCCUGAGACCAUUGAUUGCCAGGAUUCAUGCAGGACCAGUCGUUACAGAUGGGAAUAUUCACUUUGGUCUCAGUGUUCUAGAUCUUGUAACACAGGAACAAGGUCCAGAGGUGCAUCAUGUCGCUAUGGCGAAGGGUACAUCGCUGAUGAUAGUCGUUGUGAUCCAUCAUUACUUCAUGUUAUAGAAGAUUGUAACUUCAAUGCAUGCCCAGAAUGGUCAGCUCUAGAAUGGAGUGCUUGUUCAGUGACAUGCGGUGUAGGUGAAGAACUUCGAGAGGUAGCUUGCUAUCAGGAAGGCUCAAAGGUAGAUUCCCGGCUCUGUGAUGGUCUCACUAAACCUGAUUCAAGGAGGAGAUGUGAGCAACAAAGGUGUCCCCACUGGGCACCGGGUCAGUGGGACUCGUGCUCUGUUAGCUGUGGCAAUGGGUAUCAGGGUAGAACCGUCCGCUGUCGAACCUACGACGGCCAGUGGCUGGAUGACUCUGAAUGCAGUGCUGGGGCCAAGCCCAUCACCGAACAGGAAUGCAAGCUCUCAGAUUGUCCCAUACCUACCACGACCCUAGCUCCAACAACUACCACUGAAGCCUCUACUCUACCUAUCAGGGACAUCAUCACCAUACCGGUCUUUGAUGAGAUCGUUGACAGGGGGAAUCCUGGGAUGUCUCCCUCAGCCAGGAGAAGGAUAUUCAGGAGCCAUUGGAGGACUGGGGCAUGGACACCAUGUUCAAUGACUUGUGGGCCAGGCAUUAGGGAGAGAUAUGUAAGUUGCCGUGACAGCAAAGGUAAUAUUGACAACACAGACUGUGACCCUGAUCGUCGACCUCCAUCAAUGGAGAUGUGUGAGAUCAAAUCUUGCCCACAUUGGAGGACAGGAGACUGGAGAGAGUGCCCAGUCUCUUGUGGAGAAGGUGUAACAACACGCUAUGUUGCAUGUGUUUACAAUGAUGAUACAAUAACAUCCAAUUCAGAGUGUGAUCCUGAAGUCAAACCUAGCAGAGAACAUGCCUGCAAUAGCCAAGACUGUCCUACCAAUAGACCAAGAGGGCGUACUUUACAUGACAAUUAUGAUAAUAGGAUUGGAACAAGAUAUAGCUGGAGGACUAGCACAUGGAGUUCAUGCAGUGUUUCUUGCGGUGAGGGUCUGAGGCAACGCAGAGUGGAAUGCUUGGACGAUGGCAACAGGAUAUCAUCAUACUGUGACCAGAACUCUAGACCACCUGAUACUGAGUCCUGUGAGGUGGAGCCUUGCCCCUCUUGGGACUAUGGGGAAUGGGGUCAGUGCUCCAGAACUUGUGGUGGAGGGGUCAAGUCCAGGGUUGUAAAGUGCAGGAGACGAAAUGGUCAAACUGUAUCAGACAGCUGGUGUAACCAGAGGAAACCAGCAAAUUCCACCACUUGCAAUAAUGAACGGUGCCAGGCACGUUGGCAUACUGGAUCAUACUCCACGUGCUCUGUAACUUGUGGAAAGGGAGUAAAGACUCGUCUAACUUUCUGUCAGUACGACGAUGGUAGUCUGACUAUAGACUCUGAUUGUGAGGAAGAGAAGAGACCACCAACUCAACGAGAAUGUAGGAAACCAGCCUGUGCUAAAUGGAGAUCAGGAGAGUGGGGAGAGUGUUCUGUGACUUGUGGGCGGGGCAUCCAGGAAAGGGAGGUGGCUUGUUUUAGUAACAACAUAGAAGUCAAUUCAAGCCUGUGCCCAAGGGAGCUGCCAAGAACCAGUAAGGGGUGCAGAAGAUCCACCUGCUCAACCUAUAGGUGGAAGAAGGGGCGAUGGUCCCAGUGCAAUGAGACUUGUGGAGGAGGUGUGAAGUUGAGAGAAGUGUGGUGUCAAGAUAACAAAGGAAAUAGAGCUACUGAUGAAUAUUGUGCGGCAACCCGAAAGAAACCCACUCACAAGAGGAAGUGCAAUAUUGAACCUUGCAUUCCGAAAUACAGUCCAGGUGCAUUCUGGGUAGAAGGAUUAUGGGGAGAGUGUACAAGAACAUGUGGUGCUGGAGAGCAGAGUCGAGAGAUCACAUGUCAGAUGCUGAGCGGAGACGGUUGGCGUAUCCCAGCAGACCUCAGUGCAUGUAACCCGGCAACCAAGCCAGAAUCAACAAGAAGAUGUAACAUGGGAACAUGCUUUGGCGAUGUCCAUUGGAAAAUUGGAGAAUGGACAACGUGUUCUAAGUCAUGUGGAGAUGGUGUACAGCGUCGUAAGGUCCAGUGCCAGGCUCGUCAUGGUAAGGUCAUGCCAGACCGUUUCUGCCGCCAUCCUGCCAUCAAACCAGAACCAGAGAGGAUAUGUAACACUAGACCAUGUCCACCAACAAGUUGUAAAGAUUUACAAGAAAUCCAGAAGAUUGAUGAAGAUGGGGACUAUUCCAUGUUAAUACAGGGUAGAUUGCUGCAUAUAUUCUGUCAUGGGAUGGCAGGGAGUAAUCCAGCUGAAUAUCUUACACUUCCAGCUUCAGAAGCUGAAAAUUAUUCUGAAAUUUAUCCAAAAAGGUUAUUAAAUCCAAUCCAUUGUCCCAACAAUGGGGCAAGAAAUGACAACUGUGAAUGUACAAACUAUGGACAUCGGUAUCCAGGGCUUACAUCAUUCAACAAAAUUAGAAUAAAUGUUACAACAUUAGAAGUUAUAACUGAUGAUCCAACAUUUGCCACAGUGCAUCAUGGUCAUUUUAUACCAUACGCUACGGCAGGGGACUGCUUUAGUGCCGUCCCCUGUCCCCAGGGCCGCUUUCAUGUGAGCCUAAAUGGGACGGGGCUUGUGGUGGCGCCAGACGUAGACUGGUCAACAGAUGGCCACUCAGUAUCAAGACAAAUAUCAAGAGAUGCUAUUAAUCAAAGAGUUAGUGGUAUCUGUGGUGGAUAUUGUGGAAGAUGUUUUCCAGACAGGGGAGAAGGAAGAUUAUUACCUCUAACAUUCCAAUCAUGACUCAGGGACAUGUAGAUUAUUCCAAUUUCUGUACAUGGUGUAAAUACUAUUUUUAUUAUUUAUCACAAGAUGUAUUAUAGUAAACCAGAGAUAAUUUAUAUUUUAUAUUCAGCACUUUGAUAUAAGAGACGGAAACUCAAUAUUUUUGUGUAAGAUGUGGGCAUUGGGGUAAGAAGAUAAGAAAAGGGACUAUUAAAAUGGUGGGAUGGGAUGUAUAGAGAGGCUUUUAUUGUUAUGGCCAACUACCGUGGCGGGCUAACCUUGGUAUAUGGACCAACGCUGGCUGGACUUUCUUGCAGGAUCUUCUGAAUCUCAACAAAAAAAUGCUGCAACUGUAAUUGUGUUUUGCUGUUGUGUUAAGCCUUGUUCAGAUGUAAUGUGCCGGGCUCAGGAGCAUUUUUUUGUAGUUUUCAGUUAUGGUGGGACUAAUUGCUCCACUUAUGCUUAUAAUUGUGCUUAUUAUCACAUAUACUUAUAUGUUCAGAAUGGUCCACAAUUGUGGGAACAAACUCAAGAAAUAAUGAUUUUAUUGCCAUUAGUCAUGUCACAUGUUAUAAUACUUUCAUUAUUACUUCACAAUCAAUGCCUUUGUCCAUGCAUCUUUUGAAAUGUUUUUCUUGCUUACUUUUAAAAGAAUCUGAUUUGUUUGCAAUUUUCCCCACCUUGUAACAAAAAAAGUAGUUUGCCCCUGCAAGACUUUUGCUGUUGACUUUGUAUACAAGAUGUUGCUGAGCUCUGCCACAUCAUGUCUGAACAAGCUUUCAUUAAGACUACCUGAAACUGUGAACUUACAGCUUAAUAUGCAAGGUAUUUUUAUACCAUGCUUUUCUGACUCUUUUAUAACAUUUUAUGUAGCCCAAGAUUAGCAAUGUGCAUUAACAUGUACCUCAACUCACUUGUAAGUUUAUGAAUAUUUUUAUCAAUAUUAAUGGAAUCUAUUUGAAUUUUGCUAUUGUUCCAUUUUUAUACAAGUGGUUUAGACUCUUGCAAACUAGGACUUAAUUCAUUUCAUGUACAUUAUCCUAUGUUUGGAUUGUUUUUUAUGUCCUUUGUAGAAGAGGAAAAUUUUCUAAGCUAGUUAUGUGAACUAGAUGUUUUGAUAUUCUACAAACCAUUACAUCAAAGUCUACCUCUGUAUAGUUCGUACAGAUGCAAAACAUUUUCAAUAUCAUGAUUUGAAUAUAAAUGUAAGGUGGUAGUAUAUGAUGGGCUGUUAAUUUCUCAUUUGUAUUCCAUAUUUUUGUCUGGUGACCAAUUGGAAGGUCUCAAGUAAAAAAAAGUUGAUUUUUAAUACUUGACAUUGUUUGUAACUUCAUAAUGUUUGAGGGAAAAUAUGAAAAUUUCAAUCUGCAUGUUUUAUAUUUAUAACCUUUAAGGUCAUUAAUGAUAUCAAUUUUGCAAAAGUUUAUUUAAAAUACAUUGAAAUGCACAAAGAAAUACAAAGAAAUCACUAUUACUAUGCAAAUGCACCACCCCUAAAAAUACUGCCCUAGUUUGAUACCUCAUUCAAUGUCACAAAUGCAAAGAUGCUGCUUUUUAACUUGAAGUGUAUGCAGUAUACGUUUGUGUCUGCGGUAUAUAUUCAACUCAGGAUGCUUUUUAAUAACUGCUGAAGAAAUCUCAAUUUGGCAGAAAAGGGUCUAUAUUCAAUAAGAUCCAAGCACUGAUUCAAAAUAAUGUUUUGUUUUAAUGGCAGACGUUUAGUAAAUUUGUGUUCGUGUGUGUACGUAGUAGUGAUCUGACAAAUAUUUGUAUUUACAUUGCACUUUGAUAGUAGUUCAGAGGUGAUGGUAGAUGAAAAUGGUAGAAUAUAUGCAGGGUUUUUAGAUGCUUUCUUGCCUUUGCAGUUAUUAAAUGUAUGUUGUGUCCCCUACUCUAAUGUUUUAAAGUAUAUCAUACCUUCUGCUUUAUAUUGUUGAUUUUAUUAUUAUUUUUAAAACUUUAACUCAGUUUUCAUCCAUUGUAACAACAAAUGUUAUGAUGCAAAUGUAUUUUUUAAUUAUAUGGAAUUUGAAGGGAUCAUACUUCUUUUAUGAUGUUGAAAAUAUGAUUGAAUUAUUCUUAUCAAUGCUCUAUGACCUUGUCAAUUAUUUAGAUGUGAUAUUGAGACAUUCUUGUAUUAAAUACCUAUGUUACUCUCAAUAUUUACAAACUGUACAUGUUUCAUUUAGGGCAACAAGGGAAUGCUUAUAUGCAAGAUAAAACGGAAAGAACUCUUAGGUCUUAUGCCGAGUGUUCUCUGUUCAAAAUUAAAUUUGGGUGUAGUUGAAUGCUUCUUGUAAAAGUUAUGCACAACUGGUGACAUGUAUUUGAGUGCCAAAUCAUAUAAAUACAUGGAUUAGAAUUCUCACUUGUUACAAGCAUCUGAACAGAGAUUUCAAUAUUUUGCCAAGUUUAGUUUAGGUAAUAAAGUGAUAUUAUGUUGAAACGUAAUAUUUUUGGGUAUCUCAUCAAGCACAGAAAAGGUUCAACGAAUUUGCAUAGUGUCAUGCAGAACCUUGUGCAUAACUUAUGAACAGCUUUAUGAAAAGCCCCCCAGUACAUGGAGAUCUAUGCAUUUCUUGCUAUUAAAGCAUGUAGUAAUGAUUCAAAUCAUUCAAUUUAUUAGAAUGUACCUAGAUUUUAACACAAAUGCUUAGUAUUGUCUUUACGCUGUUAUGAUACGAGAAAUGUGUUGUAUUUUGUCAAGAAACCUCAUAGUAGUUAAGGGUGUCUGUGUAUUAUUUAUUUUUGUUAUAAUGUUUGAAUUUUCACCCCUAAUUCUUGCAAUGUGGUGGAAAGCGAGGGGAAAAGAUUAUUUUUUAAUACAUGUUAUGUCAAAUGGUGCUGCUCAUUCGAUGCAAGUACAGACUUAAAGUAUGGUACUUGAAUCUUUUGUGUGAUGUACAUAUGUAUAUUCAUUAACUUAAAAAAACAGUAUUCUCUAGAGCUAUGCAAUGUUAUACAGGAGUUAUUAUUAUGCUCCCAAGCUCGUAAAUGAUGCUUGUCACUUUUAUAGAAGUCUUUUUCAUCAUUAUUUAUAAUCAUUCUGCCAUCUCUUUUCUAUACAAAAAAUGGUACACAAUCCCUUUGCAGGGCAUUGCAUAAAAAUGGGAUAGCUAAUAGGUAUAUUUUUAGCCAUUAUGUUCCAUAUUUGGAUCAUCUGUAUAACAAUGAACAUUAUAUUUCUCCAAAUACUUGUUUACAGUGUGUAUCAAUAAAAAGGAAACUUAUAUUUUCCUCAUUGUUUUUUCAGCAGAUUGAUAAUCACAUAACAUAUUUUAUCUGAAAGUAUGACUUAUUAUCAUUCCCAAAAUAGCUGAUUUUAGGUUUCUAUGAUUAAGCAUCACUGAACACCGCUAUUCAAAAAAAAAAAAAAGCUCAAGGCUUUCAGUGACCAUAGAUAAGGCAAAUUGUGAAUUUUUUCAACAAGAUUUAGUUUUAUACAUUAAAUUCAUUCAAUAUGAUAAAAUAAUGUUCUUGAAUAAAAUGAGACAUUAAAAAGUGCCAACUGCCAAGAUUUUUAUUGUUUUAUUUCUUUCAUUUUCACAUUGUUCAUUGUGUCCACUGAGCUGAGCAUGCAAGUGAACCAAGUGCAUUUUUGCACAAUAUUUUCAAAGCAAUGGUGUUCAAUGUGGUCCUAGAUUACCAUCAAGUCUCAUUUUAUUGCCAAUAAAAUGUAAUUUAAGGAAAUAUGGUAUUUGUUGGUACUGAUUACAUUUUCUUAGGAAAAAAACAUGUAAGUUGGGUUUCCUUUUUUCUGAUACACCCUGUAUAUGUAUAUUAAAUUCAAUGAUCAGACACAAUAGCUAGGAACAAUAAACUUGAUAUCACAUCAAAAGAUUUACAAUCAUGGUAACAUUGCUAUUAUAUGCAUGGUACAUAGAUACCUGGUAGAUACCAUGGAAAUCAUUAUUUUGUUUGGUCACUAUAAAAGCCAUGAUCCUAUGGUAGUUUUUGUUGAUUUAUCUUUGAUAUUGAAUUCACCCCCCAAAAAUACAUGAUGUUGCUUAUCAUGAAUUCUUUACCCAACAGGUAUAAAGCCAAGUUAAACAAAUGAUUUACAAAGAAUAGCAAUAACUGUUAGCUCAUUAUAAAAUGUAAUCAUAGAUAGCACAAACUUUGUGAUCAAUUAUCAUUCUCAACUUUAUACGAGAGACAUAUGAGGCAUUGUCAAUGUUAUUAUAUCUUUAUUCACUCAACAUAAUCUGUGUAGAUCAUUAAGAAUGUUUUCAUGUCUAUGGUGCUUUUACCUGUAUAUUAUUUUUAACCAUUAUAUCAGAAGUUUGCUACUGCCAAUAUAUGCAUUGAACUCUCUUUCAUACUGAGAUUAUUUCAUGCUGAUUGUUAAAACCAACUUGCAAUUUCUAUUUAUCUGUGUUUCUUAAAACUUUGCAUGUGCAACACAAUCAAUGUUUGUUAAAAGAAGAAAUUAUCUGACAAACUUAUUGCCAAAGAUCAGACUAAAACCAGUCAGUGGUAAAUUCUUGAAUUUUCUUGGAUAUGAAAAUUAUGAUAUAAAGUUAAGGAAACCAAUCAUGUUGACAAAGUCUAUAUUAAAAAUUGAAAGUCAAGAAUUGGAGAUUCCAAACAUUUAUGUUAAUUUCAAUCAUGUAGACAAAAUUCAUACCCCAGUGGUUGGUUCAUCAAAUUUGAAAGUUACAAGAUAAUGAUGGAAUGUUAUUGACAGAGAGAAAAUGAUACUGUGUGAUUAUGGAUCAAGGGCCCUGUAUCACAAAUUGCAAUGAACUACAAGUUUCAAAUGAUGAUUCCGGUUGGGGAAUAGAAGGUAUAUUAUAGAAUAGAUGCAUUUUCAAAUUUAAUUGGCCAUUAAUAUUUGUAUGCUUGACUGAACUUUGUGGGAAAGACCCUCAGUUUAUUUUCAUUUUUACUGAUGGUGCCAUACAACUAACAAGGCCCAUGCAACAGGGUAGUUGAUGCAGUGCACAGCAAAUGAAGGAAACAGUCCAAGAUGACAAUAAAGUGGAAUUUCAUGAACAAUUUGUCAAAAAAUGUGAGCUGAAUAUCAGAUGAUCUCAUAGAUUUUAUCAUUCCAUUGGUUUUUACUAGGGAAUGUACGAUCUUCUCUGGUGCUUCUAAUGUCUCUUUGCUGCAUAUUUAGCUGUAAGGCUUAAACUACUGUGAUAGUGCAUCAACGAUUACAAAAGACUAUCUUGAGGGCAUAGGGUUAUUUUUAGUGGAGUGCAUGGCGAUUGUUAUUGCCAUUUCCCACAUGGGAAUAUCUCUUGUAUCUGUCAAAAUAUUUUUCUUUUGCUCACAAAAUUACAUUCAAAAGCUGCAGUCAUGGCGAUCUUUCAGUGUUCAAAGUACUUAAUCCAGUUAGAUCAACAUUGAUUCUAGUCGCACUUCAUUUUUGGAAACAAAUUCACCAACUGAAUAAAGCAUGAAAUUUGUCUUAGAACCAUCAAUAUAUGAAUCCACAUAGAGCCAUUGUUGCAAUGUUUGAAAAUAUGGAAGGAAGAAGAUAUUAAGCAAAACUUACAUACACUGGCAAUGUAUCCCAGGUCUAUCUUUAUACAUGUACAUGCUGCAAAAGACUGAUGCCUCAAACUUACAUUGUAUUUCAUGUUAAUUCAUUCAUUUACUGCCAGAGAAUGUGUGAUCUGUAUAUAGUCCUAAAUAAGAGAAAUAAAAUGAACAUUUAAAAGGUUGAAAGAAAAAAAAAUCAAUAAACAAUGAUGAAAAGGAA